CGUCUUCUCCGAGCAAAAAGAAUUGGGAAAAAUCCGUUCUCAACUCAAGGGGGAAUUUUGAUCGCCUAGGUGUCCUUCUUCCCCCACCGAUUUGGUCUUGGUCGACGCGUCCGGUCGAUCUGACAACGGGGAAGGGAGGCGGCGCAUCGGAAAGCAGGUGGAUUUGGGGAGAAACCUGCCAAAUUCAGCUUAUCCUCGCCCUUGGAGCCGGAGGCAAGGCCGGGCCUCCUCCCCACCGGCGCCUCCGUUUCGGCUCGAAUCCAAUCGACGGGAAGGAUGGAUUACGGAAGGAAGCCUCCUAGCUUGCUGGAGCUAUGCAUCCGUACUACCAUGGAUAAUCUGAGGUAUGUCGAUAACGUCGACGGUGUGGAGAUGAAUCUGCUCGAGAGAAUCCUGCCCCACUGCAAGCUGGAGGACCUGACCCGCAUCGAGAGCAACACCAAGAUGGAUCUUAGCCCGAUUACUAAUAAGCUGUGGAAGCUAUUUUAUAGACGACAAUUUGGUGAGGACUGUGUGAACGGUGUCAUCAAGAGAAUGAAAACGAGUGGAGCGCGUUACACGUGGAAGGAACUCUUCGAAGCCAAAACAGAAAAGCAGAAGGAGUUUGAAGAUAAGAUGGGUCAGAGGCUCGCUGAGAAGUAUGAGUUAGCAAAAGCUGAGAGACAAAGUAAACAAAUUAAAAUUUGUACAAAGGUGCCACCAAGCAGCAAAAGAAGUUUUUGGGGAGGAAGUGGACCCAGCAACCUAUCCAGCUAUAAGAGCCCUAUGCUGAAAAAAGCAAGGAUGGAGGUUAACAGUCAUGCAAAAAUGCAAGCUGCUAUUCAAAGGAAUACUAUUGCAAGGACCUCUCAGCCUGUGCGGAUGACCUCAGCUCAUGCACAGCCGAUGAAGACGACAACUAUUCAUAGACCGAAUUCAACCAUUACCGUCACUAAACCAAUUGGUCUGAACAGGCCAUUGCAGAGCAACAAACCAACUGGUCUGAAUAGGCCAUUGCAGAGCAACAAACCAACUGGUCUGAACAGGCCACUGAUGAGCAGCAAACCAACUGGUCUGAAUAGGCCAUUGCAGAGCAACAAACCAACUGGUCUGAAUAGGCCAUUGCAGAGCAACAAACCAACUGGUCUGAACAGGCCACUGAUGAGCAGCAAACCAACUGGUCUGAACAGGCCAAUGCAGAGUAACAAACCAACUGGUCAGAAUAGGCCAUUGCAGAGCAACAGGCCUAAAUUCUAAAUGAUGAUUUACUGCAGCAUCGCAUGCUUGACUCGAGAGCUCAUCUUGCUUGUGCAGGACAGCAAACCAACCUGCACAAGUUGUGGUAGUUUUACCAUUUCAUGAACUCAAUCUGCUCUAGGGAAGUCUCGUCUGAAGUUGUACUCACUCACUGAGCGGUUGUAUCUGAAGAGCAUCCAUUUGGCAAACGGGAAGCACACCAAAGUGUACCAUAAAUGUCGAUUGUAUCUGUAACAUACAUUUUUGGUGUGUCAUAAAUGUUGAUUACUUUUGUAACAAACACUUCUAUAAUGUGAAAAAAGGGUUUUGUUCCUUGAUUAAUUGGAUCCAGU